CCCCAUACACACAAACUCUUAAGUUCUUUCUUUAUGUAAACGCGUAAUUAUCGACACAAAUAAUUUAAGCUAAAUUGCUGUGAAUGUAUGUGAUGUUUGCCAUUAACACAAAAGGGAAAUAAUAUUAUACAUGACGUCAUUGGUUUGGAGAAACAUUGUUGGUCAAAGUCAAGCUUCUUGAGAUGACAGCGCAACUUGUUCAUUUCUUAAUCCUCUUUUGGGGUUUGACCUCAAAUAUGGAAUGUUCUAGAUUAAAAAGGGAGAAAGAAGAGUCAAUAUGGAAAUAUUGCAAAGAGGAAGUGGAUCAUGGGCAUCAUACAUUGAACUGUAGUCACCAAAGUCUAAAGUACAUACCUAGGAUUAAAGAUAAAAUAGAUACUUUGAUUUUCAGUUUCAAUCAUUUAACCAAUAUCUCACAGGAAACCUUUGUUAACAUCAGCUAUCCCUCCCUGAUUUAUGCGCUGUAUAUUGAUAAUAAUAGCGUGACGAGCAUUUCAAGUAACGCUCUAGACGUGUUUCCUAAUUUGCAUUUGUUAUUUUUGUCAUACAAUCAAAUAUACUAUGACAAUUUAAAACAUUUGAUAGGUUCAUUGUCUGAGAAAAGAUAUUUGAUGCACUUGGAAAUAAGUGCAAUCAGCACAGUCAUCCUCAACGAAGAUUUAUUUUCAUUAAUAAAAGAAAAUCACAUCAAAACACUCGUGGCUACAAAUUAUUUUACUGAAACUCUGGAUAUGAGAAUAUUCAAGAACUUUAAUCGUCUAGAAACUCUUGAUAUCUCAUAUAAUCAUAUUUCAAAUGUUAUAUUAUCUAAAAAUAAAUAUCUACGUUCGUUGUACAUUAGUAGAAAUACUUUGAGAACACUCCCGGACUUCAGAAUCAACGGAAACGAAUCCAACUGUUUCUUUCCACAACUUGAUUUUCUAAAUGUAAAAGAUAAUGACAUACAAGAAAUAAAAUCUGAACAUCUAAAAUGUUUAAACCGCUUAAGAGUCCUAAACCUUAACGGAAACAUAAUAUCAGUUUUACCAAACAAUUUCUUGUCAGCUUUGCUGAAUAUCCAGACAGUACAAAUAAUGCUUCCAGGAACGAGAUCUUUGAUUGUCGAACCAUUUGCCUUUAACUCGUCCUCACUCAAGUCACUUAGUUUACAAUAUCGUUUUUCUGCUUUGUACGUUUUCCAGUCUUUGAAUCAGACGUUCAAGCUUUUGCCUAAACUUAUUGAUUUAAAAAUAAUCGGAAUUUCUAUGUCACAGUUAAGCAACAAAGAUAUCAUUGGAUUAUUUUCGCCGCUUAAUUACUUGGAAAAACUGCAUUGUUUUCAUUGUCUGAUUUCGUGGGAUCCAAAACUUAUCUUGAACCUAAUGAAACAUUUAAAGACUGUUGACCUUCGGUCAAAUAUGAUAUCAAAAUUAAGUAGUGAAACAUUCAAAGAUAAGAAGAAUCUGAGAAAGCUGGACCUACGGUAUAACCAACUUGGACAUAUAGAUUCUACAGCUUUACCGAUUUCACUUCUUAAUAAGUUGGACUAUUUAGACAUCAGUAAGAACCCAUUCGUCUGUGACUGUAACCUGGAAUGGUUUAUUGCUUGGUUGCAAUCAACACAUAAACCUGGAACGAUUUUAAGAUACCCGAAAGAAUAUAUCUGCAACCUUCCAAAAGAAAAAACGAGAAGGCGACUCUCUGACGUAUCAUUCACGUACAGAGAAUGUCAUCCUUGGAACACGUGGAUUUGGGUCGCUAUCAUUGCAUCACCUUGUGUUAUUGUUAUUUGCAUUAUCAUCAUAGUUGUAUAUAGGAAUCGAUGGAACAUUAAACAUUAUAUCUAUUUAAUGCGAAAAAGACGAAACUACCAGGUUAUUGAGGGAAAUGAUUUUGUAUAUGACGCUUUUGUUGGUUAUGAAUCCGAGGAUUCAGUCUGGGUACGCCGUCGACUGUUACCAGUCCUAGAGGAAGAAAUUGGCCUGAAAUUAUGCAUUCAUGAGAGAGAUUUUCAGCCUGGUGUGUUUAUAAAUGACAAUAUUGUCACCAAUAUGGACAAAAGUAGGAAAGUAAUACUUGUUCUUACCAAUGCCUUUGCACGAAGCGGAUGGUGUAUGUUUGAGUUAAAAAUCGCACAUUCUAAACAGAUUGAAGAUGAAACAGAAUUAGUGGUCAUUUUGUUGGAGAAAAUUGAUGGAAGAAAUAUGAAUCAUUCCUUGAAAUGUCUUUUCGAUUCAACAACGUACAUUGAAUGGACAGAGGAUUUGGUUGGUCAGGAGUUGUUUUGGGAGCAAUUGAAAACUGUUCUUGUAAAAAUAUGACAGUGUUUCUACUGCAUGAACAUGUUUAAACUAUCUUUUAAAGAUUGUAGACAUUCCUGAAGGACUUUUGCAAUAGAACUGUCACACUUUCUUUUAUAUUGCACAUAUUUAAUCUGCAACAAUGUAGAUGAAUGAUGAUAAAACAUUUUCGCAUAGAGCACUGGAAAUAAAAAUAAUUGAACAAUGUUUACUUACUGUGUUAAAUGAUUGUGUUAUACAUGAUGCGUUUUCCCUUAUCAGAUGUUUAUGCUCCCCGAAUGGAGAGCAUAUAGUUGCCGCAUUGUCCGUAAGUUCGUACGUCCGUCCGUCCUUGUGACCAUCCGUUCGUCCGCAUUUUCUUGUCCGUGACAUAACUCUAAAACUACAAAACGUACCAACAAGAAACUUUGCAGGUAGAUAGAUCUCAUUAAGUUGACGUGCAAGCAUAAGAACCGUAACUUUGCCUUGACUUAGUUUGGAGUUAUUUUUCUUUUUCCGUUUUUACACUUAGAACUUUGUCCUUGGCACAAUGCUGAAACUACAUGAGGUAUCAACAUAAAAAUUUUUAGGUAGAAAGAUCACAUUCAGUGGAAGUGCAGUGCGUAAGAAAUGAUC